CCCAAAGCGCGUAGAGUACGAAUCGGCAUCGAACAAUUCCGUAUACUAAAAUUCACAGGAUAUACAGGGUAUUUGACAUCUAUUAAAUUCAGAUUAAAAAGGUUCGUGCAUCUUCGAUAACUGUGAAAGUAGAAAGAAAACCAGACGAAUGGAGAUUUGGAAUUUCUGAGGAACACCUGUACAAGUUGAAAUAAGUUAAAGGGAUAGCCUUCUCUGGCGAUAUUACACUGCAUUCAGGAUUUUACUGUGGGAUAUAUAAUAUUAUAAAUCUCUGCGCCGUGCCAUUGUAGUGAUGAAAUUUUGAGAAAAAUAUAUCCAAUUAUUCAAGAUGAAACCCAAAUUAUAUUUUAUGGAUUACAUUACGUGGAAUAUUAUGUUCGUAGUUGUGAUGAUUUUAAUUUCGUUGAAUGCCGCUAUGGCAUGUCCGAAUGAAUGUGUUUGUCAACAAAAAACCGUAGAUUGUAGCUAUAAAAAAUUACAAAUUAUUCCAAGUGGAAUUCCUCCAGCAACACAUCGCUUAGAAUUACAAGGCAAUAAUAUAACGGUGAUAAGAAGAAAUGAUCUACAGAAUUUAAAUAAUCUGAAAGUUUUACAAUUGCUAGAAAACAAGAUACACACUAUAGAGCAGGGAGCAUUUCGAGAUCUUGACCAAAUGGAAAGAUUGAGAAUAGACAGAAAUGAACUGACAGAGCUUCCAGACAACCUGUUUGCUUCAAUGAAAAAGCUUCAAAGAUUAGACCUGAGUUACAAUAAGCUGAAAGUGAUUGGAAAAAAGACCUUGUCGGGAUCCACUGUGCUGCGUAAUUUACAACUGGACCACAACGAACUCGAGUGUGUAUCAGAGACAGCGCUUAAACCACUUCACAACAUGGAGAUCUUGACCCUGAACUACAACAAGCUGACGUCCCUACCCAAGAACCUAUUUGACAACAUGAACAGUCUCCGGACACUGAGACUGAUAGAUAACAAGUUUGUAUGUGACUGUCACUUGGCCUGGCUGUCCCAGUGGUUGAAGCAGAACCCCAGUCUGGGUCUGUACACAGAGUGCUCCGCCCCACCCAACCUACAGGACAUAGAGGUAGACGAGGUCCAUCCCUUCAGCUUCCAGUGUCCAGCAGGUCAGGACACCACACAACACAGGGACAGGUGCUCCUCCGUGGCUUCCUGUCCCAAAAAGUGCCGCUGUAACAACGGGGUGGUGGACUGUCGCGGCGCCGGACUUACAGAGUUCCCCUCCUUAUUUCCUGACGAUGUCACUGAAAUCCGCUUGGAGCAAAAUCACAUUGUUGUAGUCCCCUCCCGAGCCUUCGCCGAUCUGAAGAAACUCCGGAGAAUAAAUUUGAGCAACAACAAAAUUGCAGAGAUUGCCGCAGAUGCUUUCAGUGGACUGACUUCACUUAAUUCUCUGGUACUUUAUGGGAACAAGAUAAGCGACCUGCCUACUGGAUUGCUCAAGGGCCUAUCAUCUCUACAAUUACUCUUGCUAAAUGCAAACCAGAUAAAGUGUAUACGAGUAGAUGCAUUCCAAGACCUCGCCAGUCUCAACCUUUUGUCUCUCUACGACAAUAAAAUUCAGUCCUUAGCUAACGGAACAUUUGCCCCACUGAAAAAUAUCAAGAAUUUGCACCUGGCCCGUAAUCCAUUUAUCUGCGACUGUAACCUGCAGUGGCUGACAGAAUAUCUACAUCAGAACCCAAUAGAAACCAGUAUCGCCCGCUGUGAGGCGCCGGGCCGAAUGAAGCGCAAGAAGAUCGCCACCGCUAGAGCCGGGAAGUUCAAGUGUAAAGGUUCAGAAAUGCAUAGAACGAAGAACGCAGGCCAGUGCAUGAUAGACAUUGAGUGCCCCAAACAGUGUAUCUGUCAAGGAACCGUGGUCGAUUGUUCUGGUAGACAACUCAUCAAAAUACCAGAAAAUAUACCCAUUUAUACCACAGAAUUAAAACUUCAGAAUAAUCAAAUUGAUAAGCUCCAGGCAAAUGGCUUAUUCAGCAAACUUGUUAAUCUACAAGUCUUAGAUCUGAGUAGUAAUCGUCUUCAAGAGAUAGAGGCCGGCACGUUUAAUGGGGCAAAGAAGCUGAUAGAUGUAGAUUUUUCCAGUAACAGAAUCGGGAAGCUCUCGGGAAAAUCUCUUCGUGGUCUGGAAACCGUCAGAACCUUGAUUAUCGAGAAAAACCGAAUUACCUGUCUGAGCAACACAACAUUGAACUCUCUCACAGAACUAAGGCAGCUGUCCCUCUAUGGCAAUGAGAUUAGAUGUAUAUCAGAAGGCGCAUUUGAUAAACAAGCCUCUUUGUCUAUUUUAAACUUGGAGUCUAAUCCCUUUAACUGUAACUGCCACAUGGCCUGGCUGAGUAGCUGGUUAAAGAAAAACAAUGUGAUAGCUGGUGUUCCUACCUGCUUCCUCCCCUCUCGUCACAAGAAUGUCCCCGUACUGACCAUUAAAGAGGAGGAAUUCACAUGUCCAACUGAUGUAGAUAUUGGAUGUAACACUGGAAUCUCCCCCUGCUGUUCAGAAACCGUAAACACAGCGGUAGGAAGCUGUGACCCCCGGGCCUACUGCCCCCCUCGGUGUACCUGUACGGGAACCGUGGUCAGGUGUAGCCGCCAGGGUCUUAAUGUGGUCCCCCCACUCAUCCCAGAGGACACCACCGAACUGUAUUUAGAUGUAAAUAAUAUAAAGCACCUCCCUGCAGAAAUUGGUCGCCUCACAAAGCUACAGAGAUUAGACCUCAGUAAUAAUAAUUUGGUGACCCUUCCUGAUCAUAUAUUCUCUAACUUCACUAAUUUAGCUACAUUAAUUUUAAGUUAUAAUCAACUAGAAUGUAUGGCACCCACAAGUUUUUCUGGACUCCAUAAACUAAGAAUUUUAUCUUUACACGGUAAUAAUAUUUCCUCAAUACCAUAUGGAACUUUCAAGGACCUAACUUCUUUAACACAUUUGGCCCUGGGAGGAAACCAGUUGUACUGUGACUGUAACCUUAAAUGGCUGUCUGACUGGAUAAAGAAGGAUUACGUAGAAUCGGGAAUUGCUUCCUGUGUGGGCCCCAGCUCUAUGUUAAACAAACUGCUGCUGACCACUCAGUCCUCUCUCUUCCUGUGUAAUGGACCACCUGACCCUGAGGUGAUUGGGAAGUGUAACGCGUGUCAGAGACAGCCGUGUCUUAACGGAGCCACAUGUAAGAGUGUGGACUUCAAGAACUACACGUGUGAAUGUCCAGCGGGUUACCAUGGGGACAAGUGUGAGAACGAGAUCAACGCGUGUUUUAUAAACCCCUGUCUCAAUGGCGUGUGUGAAGUAUUGGAUCAUGGAAGAUUCAGGUGUAAAUGUAACAACGGGUUUCGAGGUGACCGAUGUGAAAUUAACAUUGAUGAUUGUGCAGGCCACGCUUGUAUGAAUAAUGGUUCCUGUAUAGAUCUAGUGGAGGGGUAUACCUGCUCUUGUGCUCAGGGCUACACAGGCAAGAUGUGUCAGCAAAAAAUCCGAUAUUGCCAUGGAAAUUACAACUUUUGUCUGAACGGGGGUACCUGUGUUAAUCAAGACACAGAUUACAGCUGCAAGUGUGCCACAGGUUACGGGGGGAAGAACUGCUCGGAGAACCUUGACGACUGUAAGUCCCACAUUUGUCAGAACGGGGGUCGGUGUGUGGACGGCCUGGGGACCUACUCCUGCUACUGUCCCCGAGGCUACUCCGGACGAUUCUGUGAAAUCGCCCCCCUCGCUGUUAACAAUCUCUUCUCUUAUAACAGUCUCUGCAAAUCUCACGCCUGUCAAAAUAAUGGAGUGUGUUACGUACCCAAGGGUGGAUCACACUACAUGUGCCAGUGUGCUCCAGGUUUCUCUGGUAAGAAGUGUGAGAAGCUAACCAGUGUGUCGUUUAUUGCUGAGGACUCCUACAUACAGAUGCCUCAGAUUGACUUUCAGUCCACAGUUAAUAUCACCAUGGAAAUGAAAACUGAGUCCGACUCUGGUGUUAUAUUCUAUAUUGGAGCCGAUCAACAUUUAGCUGUAGAAUUAUUCCGGGGUAGGAUUGGAAUCAGUUUCUUCACCGGAAAGUCACCCCUCUCCACAAUGUACAGUUACAUAUUUAGUUACAUAACGGUUAAUGAUGACAGCCUACAUACCAUAGAACUUAUCGUCCAUCACCGUAACUUCACCAUGCGAGUGGAUGGGGGUGUGUCUCGGUCAGUCGUUAACAUGGGGGAGAGUGAAUAUCUUAAUGUUAAGGAUGAUAUGUUUAUUGGUGGACUUUCAUCAGACAAAAGUAAAGAGGCUCUUAAAAAAUUCCAGAUUAGGAGUCAGUCCAGUUUCAAAGGUUGCUUCCAUGGUUUUUACAUAAAUGGAAAACAACAGGACUUCAGUUCAUCUAAAUAUAACCAUAAGGUCAUGCCGGGGUGUAAAGUGGAUCCCUGUGCUAAUAAUAAAUGUAAAAAUGGUCAGUGUAAACCCAGGAAAAAGAAGGGAGGCUAUCGAUGUAAAUGUAGGAGAGGGUACUCAGGCAAAUACUGUAACCUCGUUCCAACAUGUAAACCAAAAGUAUUCCGUAGCAGAUAUACUCAUCCAGUCACAAAGUGUGCUUCAAAAACGCGCAUAAAAUUCCGGAGCUGUGAAGGAUCGUGUGGAAAAGACUGCUGUAAACCUCGCAAAAUAAAAACACGUAAAGUCAGACUUUACUGUAAAGACGGAUAUUCAUAUAUUCAUAACCUCGCAGUUAUCCGAAAAUGUGGCUGUAAAAAGUGCCAGUAGUAUCAUUACACAUUGAAGACUUCAUAAUAUUGUCGCGUACGUAAUGUAACAAUUGUCUAAUGUCAUACAGUGGUUGGAGAAUCAGUGUAAAUGUGGAGUCCAGUGUAUUUCAAUAUGAAGAGAACUGCCACAUCAGGCAUAUUAUACAUGUACAAAAAUGGAUGUCUGCCAGUUUGGACAGAUAAAUUUUUUGUUCGGUGUUACACUUUUGACAUUCAAAGUGUGUUCAGAGGUUCCAAAUCCAACUCCAAGGUUUGGCAAAAAAGUGUGAGGUUUACUCAUUUUUUCCCAUUUUAAUGGGAAAUGCAGGGAAAUGGUUCUUCCGACAAUUAUCCCAAAUGAAUUCACUUCUGAGAACAUUCAGGCCAGCUAUGUGUGUACCUGGAUGGAAGGAGUGAAAAGUGACAUGAGAAUGAAGUAAUUAUGGUUCACAUCAUACAAUAAACCUUAUAUCACAAAGGUUGUGACAAACUUGUGAACAACUCAAUACAUUAUAGCACAUGCAGAAACGUGUUUUUCUGUUCCAAACCAAGAGUCUUGUAUAUUUAGUGCAUGUACAGCAUUCUAUGUAAAUUGUUUGCACUUCAGAGUCAAAUGUUUCAGUAUAUAUGUGAUGUUAUUUUGAAUGGCAAAUAUUUAUUUGAAACAUGUUUUAGAUACAUUGACAAACAUAUCUUUUUUGUAAUAUAUUGUCAUGUUAUCAGGUUUAUUAGGGUUUAAUUAAAGAGCUGAAACGUAUCUGCAAUAAAGCUCUAAUUUGCUUUAUUGCACCAAUUUUGCCGGUUGCUAAGGCUACAAAUUAUAACAAAAA